CACACACACACAACCAGGCGGAGCGCCGGCGGAGAAAGCCAGCGACAGACACCGGGAGACACGGUGGAGGAGCAGCCAUGGCAGACAUGGAGCACCUGACGGAGGCUCUGAAGGCGAUCAGUGUGACGACGGAGGUGAUAGACGAGGAGGUGGGGCCACACCUCGAGACAGUACUCGAAUGCUUACUGGAGAAGAAAGAGGGCUGUGUCCAGGAGAUCGCCUCCAGUGGUAUUCUGCCCACCCUGGCCAACUCCAUUAGGAAGAAGAGCAAACUCAUGUCACAAGUCACCCUGGUCGUGGCAGAGAUGGCCCGCGAUGGUUCGGUGAGAGACAGCUGUAUUGAUGCUGGUCUAGUGAACGCUCUGCUUCCAAACCUCCACAGUGAGGAUGAGGAGCUGCUUCUUCACACCGGCAGGGCCAUCGGACGCAUCUGCUUUGAAAACGCUGCCCAGCAGGAUAAGCUGGUUCAGGAGGGGGUGAUUCCUCGGCUGGUGAUGAUUAUGAAGAUCUAUCCUGAGAACGACCCUCUGGUUAACGUCUGCCUUCUGGCCCUCUGCAACCUGGCUGACAUGGACUCUGCGCGUGAGGCCUUGGCGGAGGUGGGUGUGGCUGAGGUCCUCACGGCACAGCUGAAGCGGGCACCAGACGCAGAGAGGCGCCACCUCAUACUGGAAGUACUGGGAUCACUGGGAGAGAGCGAUGCGCUGAAGUUGCAGUUUGUGGAGUCAGGGGUGCCAGAGGUGCUGUCGGAGAUGAUCGGGGGGCUCCAGGAUGGUAACGACCCACACGACCUCUGCAGCAUCAAAAUAGCAUCCAACCUCAUAGUGUCCUUGCUGCUGGGAGAUGAGUCCAUGCAGAAGUGUUUCGGCGAGGGCACGGGGAGCGUGUACAAGGACGUGUUGGCAUGGCUGCAGUCUAACAACACACAGCUGCAGCUGGCAGGGGCUCUAGCCAUCGCCAACUUUGCCAGGAACGAUGCUAACUGUGUGAAGAUGCUGGAGCUGGGGGUGGUUCCCCACAUCCUGGACCUGCUGGAGAAGCACGUGGACGAGGGAGACGUGUCAGUGCAGCACGCAGGACUCAGCGCCCUCAGGAACCUGGCUAUACCUGCCAGUAAUAAGGUGCGAAUGCUGGAGGAUGGGGUGACGGUGCGCAUCCAGACACUGCUGAGGUCGGACAUGCCCCCCGUGCAGUUCAAACUGCUGGGCACUCUACGCAUGAUGGUGGAUGGGCAAGAGCGUGCAGCAGCUGUGUUGGGUAAGGAUGAGAAGCUGCUGGCGCGGGUGAUGGAGUGGUGUGAGGCCAAAGACCACGCCGGGGUGAGAGGGGAGGCCAACCGACUACUGGCAGCCCUCAUCAGACACAGCAGAGACCCAGAGGUGAUCCACGCGGUGGUCAAGGCCCAGGGGAUGCAACACCUCAUCACCAUGGCAACCAGUGAACACGUCAUCAUGCAGAACGAAGCCCUGGUGGCUCUGGCCAUCGCCUCAGCCAUAGACAUGGAUUCAGUGCAGGAGGCCUUUGUGGAGGCGGAGCUGCUGGCCACUCUACAGAAGAUGCUGGAUGAUCCGGUCGGGGCAGUGGAGGUCAAAUUCAGCACCAUGGGACUCGUCUGCAGUCUCGCCAAUUCCAGUGUGUUGCGUGAUGAGAUGGAGCAGCUGAAGCUGAAAGACAGCCUGUCUAAGCUCUCCAGCCACACCAACACCAAGCUGGCCUCUCAGGCUGACACCGUACUGGCCGUGCUGGCCGAGACCAGCUAAGGAGGGUCCAACAACCCAAAUCUCACCAGGCCCCUCCCCUCACGCCCUGAACCCCCACCCCCAUCUUAUCAAGUCUCAUUCGGACCUUUGCCAGCUAAGAGGUCCCCCCUCGACCUCCACUAAGCUCAGACUUCCUCCAUUUUACCUGUAUCUUAACAUGGUCUCAUCUGAGAACUGCCCCCAUCUUACCAUGCAGGCACCCGUCAUACAACCAGCCCCACCAUGGACACCCACAUGCCCACAUCUCAUGAGCCAAGAGGGUCCCCAUCACAGCCUCUCCCAACUGAGGAUCGUCCAUCCCUCCUCCGACCUUCACCACCGUAAAGGAAAUAAUAAAUGCCCACAACAGUGUCAGAGAUUCUUUAAGUAUAGAGAUAUGCCAACAUAAUAGGUUUCUAUGGGAACCUAAUGUGACCAGGUUCCGGUCUGCCUAAAGGGGCGUGUCAUAAUGCUCCUAGCAUUGAAUAGAACAGUCCUCAGGUCUGCCUAGGUCUGCCUAAAGGGGGAUUCCCCCCCAAUAAUAGAACCAGGAAACAAUGGGCCAAUGGAACCUCUCUCUCUCUACUCUCUCUGACACUGUUCUAUGCUCCCAAAUACUGAAUAGCGUGACGUUUUGCACACUCAGUCCUGACGCCAUACCAUGAAAUAUUUGGGAGCAUAGAACAGUGUUGUGGACAUUUAAUAUUUCCAAUUAAGUUAUCUUCUGUUUGGGCCCGCACCUGUGUCACUGAUGUAUGCAUAUUCUCUGCUUUUUUUUACAUUCACCACAUCUUACCAGAACAUCUAUUCUUACUGCCUCCAUCAGCUAAGGAGACCCUGAGCUCCCCUGUCCCCAGAAACUGUAGAGGCUGUCUCCACCCUGGACCUCCUUAUUGACACUUAGCACCAUUGGUGCCGCCCCAAACCCUAACAGCCCCU